UGAACAGGUAUAAAUAUAUCUGUUGUCAUGCAAGAUUGAUUAAAGAUUACGUGCCUUCAUAUAAUUCAACAGCGAAGUACUGGGUACAGUAUACUCCAUCAAGAUGUGUUUCAUGAUUUUGAGUGCUCUUGUGGUGGUAUUUGGAUGCGCAAAUGGAUUUUUAUUGGUACCAGAUGGAUUCCAAAAACAACCAAUCAAAACAAGCCAAGCAUGUAGAACGGGUAACAGUUCAUUUUGCUACCCCGGAAUGAACUGCUGGCCAAGCCAGUCAGAAAUUGCAAAAUUCAGUGACACUUUUAAAAAAGGAGAUCUACUCCUACCUUCUCAUAGUUUGUAUAGAAAUCUUACAGUGAUGAAAAACUUAAGAGUAACAAAAUAUCCUGCUAUGAUUGCCGUUGUCAAAGAUGCCGCAGAGAUUCAAGAAUGUUUGUAUUGGGCACGUUCCAAAUCAAUGCAUAUUGUUGUCCAGUCGUCGGGUCACGAUUUCCAAGGACGGUCAACUGCAGAUGGCGCUUUUAUGAUAUACCUUGGAAAUAUGACAGAAAUCAGUAUUAAACUAAAUUCUACAAGGAAAGAUUGUCCCUACGGGGAGAUUGUUCUUGGAUCCGGAAACCAGUGGCAAACUGUUUACAAGGAGCUUGACAAAGUUGAUCGUGUAAUGAUAGGAGGAAGUGCUCACACGGUGGCAAUUGGUGGCUACACGCUCGGCGGAGGGCACAGUCCAAUAUCCCGGAUGUAUGGUUUGGCUGUUGACAAUCUCCUGGAAGUUGAAAUGAUUACAGCAGAUAGUAGACUCGUUAUUGCCAAUGACAACGGGACGACUUCGACGGAUAUAAAUGGCCGAACAACGCAUUCUUCAAACACUGACCUUAUAUGGGCAUCACGUGGUGGUGGCGGAGGAACUUUCGGUGUCACUACUAAAUUUACUUUCCGUCUUCAUGAAGCACCUAAAAAGAUGGUCCGAUUUUCUUGCAAUUUUCCUAUGUAUCUAGCUGCCCAGAAGAUGAACGUAUACGAUCUUGUUGUUGAGAAAUUCUUUUCAAUUUUACCAGAUAUGCCAAAACAAUGGGGCGGAUAUUUCUUCUUGAGCAUUUACCCAUUCCAAUUUGUGAACCAGGUCGGGAGCGUAUCGUUUUUUUUAAAUCAUUUUGGAGACUGGGAUAGUCCAUCUCGUGUAUAUAUGGACCAUUUAUUGAACUUUAGACCUGAUUUACAACGCAGCUGUAGCUAUGAAAAUCUAACCUCGUUUUGGGACUACGAAAAAGAUGCAAAUGAUGCAUUGUACACCAGGAACGAUGUAAUUGGAACUCUUGUGCAAAAAGAAAGUCUUAAUUCAUCUGACUUGAUUGAGUUCUUAAGAAAACACAUAACUUCUCCAAAAUCUGGUUCAUUUACUGGAAUGACAGCGAUUUUACUUGGAGGUAAAAUGAUGGAAGUUGGACCACAGGACACAUCCGUCCAUCCUGGUUUCCGAAAGGCUUUGAUGACAGUCGGAAUUGGUGCUUCAUGGGGCGGUAAUGGAGAUCGUGAUGAUGAGUUUUCGCAAUAUAUGCAAGGUCUGAACGCAGAGUUUGAGAAGUUUGGGAACGGAAGUUAUCCCAACGAAUCUACUGGAAAAAGUCCUACAUGGAAACAGGAUUUUUGGGGUAGUAACUACGCUCGGUUGGAACAAAUUAAAAAGACAUGGGAUCCAGAAAACGUGUUUAUUUGUCAGCAAUGUGUUGGAUGGGAUCGGUGGUAAAACAAAUCUGCCAUUUAAUAAAUUGAAUAAAGAAAAACAAUUUGCACAUUCAUAUCUGUAAUCUUCUCCAUUUUACGCUCACACAUGUUUAGUUUUCCUGUUUGAAUGGACACUUCGGGGCUUAUCAUGCGGUAUGGGUUUAACUCAUUAUUGAAGCCUCAUGCUGAUCUAAAGUUGUUUAUUUCUAUGUUAUUCAGUAACGAGUUCUAGAUAUUGGAAUUAUCCGUAAUCAUUCCAGAUUUUAUCCUUUGUAUAAUUAUAUACAAAAUAAAGCUCUUACUUUCA